CAACCAUCUGCAUUAGUCUGCCUUCAUCCUCUUAUUAUUACUUGCAUCAACUAUCACUUGCUUCCUGGAUGAACAACAGUUCUCUGAGAGCUCAUCGCGGACAUCACAACAACCACUCUUUGCGCAUCCCCUCAUGGCCUUCGACCAUCCGGCCCCGACCUAAAAGGAUGCAAGCAAACUGCCUCAGAGGCAGUCUGUGAUAAAGUCGCCUCAAAUCAUCUCAAAAAUACACCAUACUGUAGGGAACAGAAUGGCCGCACAGUCCACGCUCCGGUCCAAACAGGACCCCCUCGCGACCCUUUUCGCCCUCUACGUGGAUCGCUUUCGAGCCCGACUACGCCGCUCCACAAAGACAACCAAGUUUAUCGCCACGGCUCUACUCUUCUUAUCGAUAAUCGGGUCUGGAUAUGGAGGUUACAACUGGUUCCGGGCGAGGGCCAAGGACCGCGUCCAGGGUAGACGGCUGUUACGUCGGAAUUCGGGCAUUCGGGGCAAGGAUGGCUCUCGCACCAUUUACGUGCCUUAUCGGAAUUAUAUGACCUCCAAGGUCAAGAUCUACCCGACGAAACCGACAACUUUCGACGCGCACCGGAGAUUGUUUCUAAACCCGCCGGCGUCGGCUCGUGCCAGCGAUGGAGAGGCAGCAAGUCAGAUCCCGCCUCCGACGACAAAGCCUGGUUUGAACCUUGCCUUCCUUCAUCAGUUCCUCAGUCUUGGGAGUAUUAUGGUUCCCAGGUGGAAUAGCAAGGAGACAGGUCUUUUGAUGAGUCACGGUGUGUUUCUACUGCUAAGAACAUAUCUGUCGUUAUUGAUCGCAAGGCUGGAUGGAGAGAUCGUGCGCGAUCUUGUCACGGGCAAAGGACGUGCCUUUAUCUGGGGAAUCUUCAAGUGGUGCGGUAUUGGGACUUUUGCGUCAUACACCAAUGCCAUGAUCAAGUUCCUCCAGGCUAAGGUGGCGAUCGCCUUCAGGACGCGUCUAACGCGAUACAUCCACGACCUUUAUCUUACUGAAAACAGCAAUUAUUACAAACUGAUGAACCUCGAUGGUGGUAUUGGCCAGGGCGCGGACCAGUUCAUCACGCAGGAUUUGACGGUCUUCUGCUCCGCGGCUGCUACGCUGUACUCGUCUAUUGGGAAGCCGAUGGUGGAUCUUUGUGUCUUCAAUUAUCAGCUCUACCGCUCCCUAGGACCGCUGGCCCUGAGUGGAAUUGGCGCUGCUUAUUUCAGUACAGCCACUAUUCUGCGCAAGCUAUCGCCGCCGUUCGGAAAGCUCAAGGCUGUCGAGGGCAAGAAGGAAGGUGACUUCAGAGGCUUACAUUCUCGACUGCUCGCGAAUUCGGAGGAGAUUUCUUUCUACGGUGGCGCGGAUGUAGAACGCUUAUUCUUAACGCGGAGCUUCAAGGACCUUCAGCGAUGGAUGGAGGGUAUCUACAGCCUCAGAAUUCGGUACAACAUGCUGGAGGAUGCUAUCUUGAAGUACGCUUGGUCCGCCUUCGGAUACCUGGUGUCCUCCUUGCCCGUCUUUCUGCCCGCCUGGGGUGGGCUCGGGGGCGCUAUGGAAAUGGUCGACGUACCGGCAGCAACCGGUCGGGAACGUGGUCGCAUGAAAGAAUUCAUCACCAACAAGCGUCUGAUGCUCUCCUUGGCCGAUGCCGGUGGCCGGAUGAUGUACAGCAUCAAGGACAUUUCAGAAUUGGCGGGUUACACGUCCCGUGUCUAUACCAUUAUUUCUGCACUGCACCGAGUCCAUUCCAGCGCCUACUAUCCUUCCCGGGGGUCUAGCGCGGAGCUCUACUCUCUAGCUGAUGCUCAAGGAACCGUUCACAACGGUUUUGACGGGGUUCGGUUGGAACAAGUUCCAGUCGUUGCUCCAUCACUUUACCCACGAGGAGGUGAUGAGCUCAUCGAGUCGCUGUCGUUCAUCGUCCACUCUGGCGAUCAUCUCCUCAUCUCGGGUGCUAAUGGCGUUGGAAAGUCUGCUAUCCCUCGUAUUAUUGCUGGCUUAUGGCCUGUGUACCGCGGGCUGGUCAGUCGUCCUAGGGGGUUUGGACUCGAUGGCAUCAUGUUCCUUCCCCAGCGCCCUUAUCUCAGUGUGGGGACUCUACGCGACCAAGUCAUUUAUCCCCACACAGCAAUCGACAUGCAGGAUCGUGGCACAACAGACGCUGAGCUCCAGACGAUUCUGGACGAUGCUCGUCUCGGAUACCUGCCCGCUCGCGAAGGUGGCUGGGACUCCCGCAAGGAAUGGAAAGAUGUCUUCAGUGGCGGCGAGAAGCAGCGGAUGGCCAUUGCAAGACUGCUCUAUCACGAACCACGAUACGCGUUCCUCGAUGAAGGCACAUCAGCCGUCUCGUCGGACGUUGAGGGCUUGCUGUACGAGCAGGCCAAACACCGCGGGAUCACCCUGAUCACGAUCUCCACGCGCGCGUCUUUGAAGAAGUACCAUAUAUACCACCUGGCGCUUGGUCUCGGGGAAGAAGAAGAGAACUGGAGAUUCGAGCUGAUUGGCACGGAGAAGGAGAAGAUGGGCGUUGAGAAGGAAUUGCAAGAGCUGCGGAAGCGUCUCGACAAGGUGGAUGAGUGGAAGCAGCGGCGAGAGAAUAUUGAGAAGGAGUUGAAUAGGGUCUGGGUUGAGGAGGGAGAGCUUGCUCCGCCUCCGUAUGAGGAGGAAGUUAAGGAGGAAGUUAAGGAGGAAGGUAAGCAUAGCAUGUCUGCCCCGGAAUCAGUGUCCGAAGAGGACGAAAAUACUAUUGUGAUCCCCAUAGACCGGUCCUUCAGCGACGGCGACCCGGCAAUAUGGCCAAAAGACCCCAAAUAUAAAUUGUGCAAUGACAACACUUAUCGCGAGAAGCUUGCUGUGCUUUGGUUGAAGAAGAUGGGGGCUUAUGAAGAGGGGAUGAAUUAUACCAUAGACAAACUACCAGAAGGCUACGCCUUUCUUGAGAGACCUCGCAUUGUCAAUCCGGACAUUUAUGACAGAUUCCUUUACGGCCAUCCGGUUGGGCAGUAUUUCCAGUCUACUAUUCAAUUCUUUCCCCAUUUCUCCUAUUUGAUGACGGGAGGGGUUACGCCGUGUAAAUGCGCACUUUGUGAGAGACUGCAGAAGCAGAAAUCUCGUCGAGAAGCGGGCAUGCCACUUCGUGGUGGUCGACUACCAGGCCCGACUUCCUCUCGAGGCUCGGGUACGAGCUCUCGGGGAUCAAGUUUAGUUUCUCGGGGAUCAGGUGUAGCUUCUCGCGGCAAACCGGUGGCUAGAGCUGCUAGGAUUGUAAGACAGCCGGUUCGCCCUGUUGUCGAUGGUGAAGGGACAACCGACGUCUACAAAUUGGCCAUUAUGGAGCUCAAGGAGAAUGGCCGGCUAGACAAGAAGAUCAAGGAAAAGACCAGUAUGGACUGGCGGGCUGAGAGAGAGAGACUCGGAGAGUAUCUGGAGAAGUUGGAUCUGCAGCCGUCUUACAUACCUCGAGCUGGUGAAAUCGUUCUCUGGACACGUGAGCUUAAUGGAGAGCUACUGUGGAACUCAGAGAACAAUCGCGUCGAAAUAUUUUCUGCCGAGGAAAAUCGAUGGCGGGGGAUGCCGGAAUGGCGAGCAGGAGUCGUCGGACAGGUCCCGGAAGACGAUAUCGUACUUCAAGACCUGGUCGAGACUACUCCAAAGGAACGGGCUGUGAAUUAUUCUGGAUUCCGCAUCGAGACUUUUCCCGACCCUAACAGUAGCGACAAGAGCUACUCGUUGCACUCCAAAUACGUUCCGUUACGAUGCAUCAAGCCGUUUAAUUCGUUUGAACUCUUUGUGCAGGGGAUGUCGCGCAAAGAGCUCCAUCCAUCCAUUGAGAAUGCCUUGACGGCCAUGUCCUCGUUCAGCUUGCUGGACAAGUACCAUGUCAAGGGUACCUGGCCAGAUGCAUCAAUAUACUGCCGGGGGAUCUUCAUUGGUGCUGAGCUUUUGAUCAUCGGCGACGCCGUUCGACUGAAACCAAAGGGCUACAACCCGAAUAGUCUCCAGAAAGCAAGCGUGACAGACGUGAUGGUCAUUGACGAAAUCCAAAUGGAACUGAUAAACUGCGAGGAAGACGUCAAAUCCAAUAAUCUAGCAGAAGAUUACCGCGUCCGCAUCAGCGGUAAAAUCUACACAACAAGCUCCGUCCGCGCACACAAGGAAAUCGACGUCACAAAACUCUUCCGCGGCUUAUCCGAACAAGAAAUCUCAAACACCUUCCAAUACACCGACAUGGGCGGCUACGGCAACUGGUACCAUCUGUACACGGGCAAAACCGCCAAAGUCUCCCACGACAUGAUCCUCGGCCGCUGCUACGAGCCAGACGCCAUGCGCCUCCUCUUCGGCUCUCUUUCAAUGAGCCAUGACUUGCACGGCGUGAUUAUGGCGCGUGACUACUCGAGACAAGCCGACGACCGCAUCCCCGAAGGCAAACAAUGGUUCUGGGGCGACUUCCGCACGCAGACACUCGCCAUCGACUCCCUCAAUGGCGAAGACGUAGGUUACUACAGCGAAGCACGAGACGUCAAGAUGUGGCGCGCAAAUCUCAAAGUCAUCGACGGCACCGCUUGUCCAGCAGAUUACCGCGAGGCGAAACUCCCCGGCGAGGUAGGAAGGCCGUCUGCCAAGUCGCGGUCUAGUUUUGCGGAGGUUCGCAAGACUAGCUCGUUAGUUAGUACGGGGUUGGGGGCUACGACUGAUAUAAGUAAUACGGUUAGUUCUGCGGAUGAGGGAGUUGCGCAGGAGAGUUCUUCUUCGGGGGAGGAGAAUUUUACUAUUCCUAUGGAAUAUUUGCGUGGUGGGACUGAGGAGACUGAGAAGGGGGAUUAUGUUCCUGGGGAUGAGAGGAAGGCGAAGCGGUCGAAGCAUUGAUCUCUUUUCAUGCUUUGGAGACUGUCAUGGAGCGUUGUUUUCUGUUAGAGUACACACUGUACAUAUUGCAUAUUCACUUUAUCCUUUACUCUGGGAAAAGCAUUCGAUUUCAAGUGAAUUAUGGUUCAUCACGGAGAGAAGGGACCUCUAG